UAUUUUUUUUCUUCAACCCAGUUGUUGCCGGCGGACCAAUGGACGAUGACGAUGUGAGCUACGACGAGUCCCUCAAGGCGCGCAUCAAGGCCAGCGUCCACUACACUGUCGGCAAGAUUUGCCAACGCGAAGAGUCGGAAAUGGGCGUCAAGUGUUCCAAGCAGUUCCUGGCCGCCCUCGCCGAGCUGACGUAUGGCAAAUGCGGCAGUCUGGCCAGCGAUUUAGAAAGCUUUGCCAAACAUGCCAAGCGGAGUACAAUUCAAGUGGAAGAUGUCAAGCUCUGUGCCCGCAAAAACCCAUCCCUUGCCAAAUUAGUAGCUGAAAAGGCGACAGACCUUGAAGCAGAAACCCAGGAGCGCCUGUCGAAGAAGCGGCGAAAGGACAACAAGCCCGCCGACGAAGACGGUGAGAGUGCUUCCGACGCAGCCCCGUCAGCAGCUGUCGCGUCUGCCGCUACGGGUGCCACACACAAGUCAAAGAAAGUGCGACAAGCCUAAGAGAGGGAGAGAGCCAGAGAUGGAUUGCUUCGGGCAGAUGGUGAAUGUACAAAAUGAAUGUUUUCCCGAGUUUGGUUCUUAUUAUAAAUACCACAAGAGACCUCGGAUCCAGUAGAUUUAAAUGUAUGUGGAACCAAGCAAAAGAAGUACA